AUGGCGGCACCCAAGUCCGCAUUCUGGCGCCAAGUCGGUGUUCUCUCGACCAAAAACUUCAUCAUUUUGCUCGCCCGCCAUCCCGUCUCGACCAUCUACACCGCGAUCCUCCUUCCCAUUGUACUUACAGUGUACCUCGGCAUUGGCAAGAACCUCAAUAGCCCCCAGAACGACUUUGGCCUUGCCGAGCCUCAACCCAUAAGAUCACUGCGAGAUGGACUGGCAGCUUCUGGCGGCUCGCGUGAUACGGUUGUUCUCGUCAACAGUAACCUAUCAGGGGGCGAUAUAGACCGUGCCAUAGCGACAAUCUCGGCGCAGGUCUCUGCGGCUGGCAAGAAUGCAACCACCAUCACGAACUCGUCUGAUCUUGGGUCUAUUUGCCGCUCUUCUUUCCGAGCUACGACCUCCUGCUACGGCGCCGUCGUGUUCCACUCUUCUCCGACCGAGGGCAAUGGGGGUCUUUGGAACUACACCCUGCGCGGGGACGGAGCCUUUGGGUCAUCCUUCAAGGUUAAGAAUCACGAUAGUGACAUCCAGGUGUACACGCUUCCCCUUCAACAUGCCGUCGACUCCGCCAUUGCCAGCAUGAACUCGACAGAUGCUAAUCCGUCGCCUCUCGAGAACGUUCAGGAAUGGGGGUUCACGGACGAGACAGAGGAAGAACGGCAGGCCAGUGUCCGAAGGAAAUAUCAAAAGACCUUCGUCGAUUACCUAGCAGUCUCCUUCAUCCUAGCGCUGAUAGGCGUCAGCUACCAUCUUCCCGGCCACGUCGCAACGGAACGGGAGAAGGGGCUCUCUCAGCUCAUUGACUCCAUGAUAUCCACACGCUACGACUGGGAAGCACAGGUCAUCCGAAUGUUGUCAAAUUUUUACUCUUUUGCCACAAUCUACUUCCCAGGCUGGGUCGUCGCAUCUGUCGUAGCAAGGAGUAUGAUCUGGAGAGAGACUAGCAUCGGCAUUGUUCUUGUCUUCUUUAUCUUGGGCGGCCUGGCUCUCACUUCGCAAGCCAUUCUCGGCGCCACUUUCUUCAAAAAGGCUCAGCUCUCUGGUGUCAUCAACUCUUUGGUUUAUGUUCUCUUGGGUGUUUUGGCACAGGCGUUGCCUAACCCAGGCACCGGCGCUGUUGCUGUCUUGAGUCUCUUAUUCACGCCAUGCACUUUCGUCUUCUUUAUCAGAUCAAUGGCGCGAUUCGAGGGCGAGGGACAACCGAUGAAUCUCCUAAAGACGCCUCCGGGAAGUAACUCAACCCUUCCGGGCAUUGUGAUCUGGAUCUUCCUGGUUAUGCAGUUCAUCCUCUAUCCACUGCUUGCUGCUUAUGUUGAGCGUCGCAUCCAUGGUGUGGGUUCCGAAAGUCGCAAGAUCUAUAAGGGCGACGGAGCCCAGCCACAAGAUGCCGUGGCCAUCAAUGGGCUUACCAAAAUCUACCGACCGAGUCUGUUACGCCGGCUUUUCUCCUUUGUAUCCAAGCCUCGUGCUCCCACAGUGGCCAUCGACCAUCUAAACCUGACGGCAAAGCGAGGACAAAUCCUUGCUCUCCUCGGUGCCAAUGGAAGUGGCAAGAGUACGACCCUCGAUGCUAUUGCCGGAAUCAGUCGCUUCAACCAAGGUAAUGUCUCCAUUGACGCUUCUGCUGGCAUCGGCAUCGCUCCCCAGAAGAACGUUCUCUGGGAAGAGCUCACCAUUGCCGAACACAUCACAAUCUUCAACCAACUCAAGUCUCCGUGGAGUAUUGCGAGUAAGGAAGAUUCCAACCGGCUGAUCGACUCCAUUGGACUAGCUACGAAGCGCAAGUCUCAAUCACGACAUCUCUCUGGCGGACAGAAGCGUAAACUCCAGCUUGGCAUGAUGUUGACCGGCGGUAGCGCCGUCUGCUGCAUCGACGAAGUGUCCUCUGGCAUUGACGCCCUUUCGAGGCGGAAGAUAUGGGAUAUUCUCCUCUCUGAACGCGGCAAGAGGACUAUCAUCCUGACAACGCACUUCCUCGAUGAAGCUGACCUCCUCGCCGAUAAUAUUGCAAUACUCUCCAAGGGAAGUUUGAAGGCGGAAGGAUCGUCGGUGGCUCUAAAGAACGCUCUCGGGGAUGGCUAUCGCAUCAACGUUUUGAACGCGAAAGAUCUCAAGAAUCCUCCGGAGGUGCACGGAGCUACGGUAGCGGCGUCGGCGAAUGCCAUCAUCUACACUGCGCCUUCGUCGAGUAUCGCCGCCAAAGUCAUCCGAACUCUCGAGACUCACAACAUUUCGUUCCGCAUCUCAAGCCCGAACAUCGAAGACGUCUUCUUGAAUGUCGCCGAAGAGGUCCAGGGAGAGGGGCCUCGGUCGAUUCACCAGGACAGAGCCCAUGGAUCCAUAGACUCCGGAAAAGGCUUUGCAGAGAAGUCUGUUACGAAUGCCGAGGAUGAUUUAUUGGGGCUUCAGUCCGGUCGUCAGACAGGCUUCCUGGAGCAGACGCCCAUUCUGGUUCACAAACGCUUCACUCUCCUCAAGACUAAUUGGAUACCAUACGCCAUAGUGCUUCUCGUACCCAUCAUUGCAGCAGGGAUAAUGCAGCUCCUCGUCGCUGAUGAGAGUCCUGCUAGUUGCGACUUUGCAGACUUCAGUCGGGCUUCGGUGGAAGGCGUCGAUGAUUACAGAAAAGCCCUCGAUGGUGCCCUCGUUGCUGCUGGCCCUUCUUCCUCCUUUUCAACCUCAUCAUUUGGCAACUUAUUUGGUUUCUUGCUCCCGGGAUCCAAUAGUCCCACAGAAACCGUUGAUCUGGUACAAAGUGCCACCUACGACAACUUCAAGCAAUACAUCGAAAACAAUCGCAAGAACGUCACCCCUGGCGGUCUCUGGACCGGAAGCCAGGGGACUCCUUCAACAAUUGCCUAUCGAGCAGAUAAUGAGGAGACAGGAGCAGUUCUCGCCGCUGUCAUUGUCCAGAACCUUUUGAGCACCACAAAGACGAACAUCAGCAUUGCGACCACGUACGCCCCUUUCGACAGCGUGAUUUCUUCUUCAACGUCUACCACGGUUCAAUUGGCCAUCUUCUUCAGUAUCGUCUGUUCAAUCAUUCCGUCUUUCUUCGGCCUGUAUCCGAAUCGAGAGAGACACAGCCACGCGCGUGGCCUGCAGUACUCCAGCGGCGUGCGAUCGCUAUCUCUCUGGACCUCUCAUCUCAUCUUUGACUUUGGGAUCUUCUUUUUCCCUCUCCUAAUCGCUGCGAUCAUUCUCGCCGUUUCUUCGGACGUAUGGUACGCUUCAGGCUAUCUAUUCCCAGUGUUCUUGCUGUACGGCAUCACUUCCAUCCUGCUGUCGUAUGUCGUUUCGCUCUUCACGAAUAGCCAAGUCGCAACAUUUGCUGCCAUCAUGGCAUAUAACAGCGUCGGAUUCGCAAUCUAUCUCAUCGCAUUCCUCUACAUAGUCACCUUCUCCCCGUCCAAUGUCACGGAUCGCAAUGUUCUGAUAGGGCAUUACACUAUCUCCGCCUUCUUUCCUGUCACAUCGGUCUUCCGGGCCCUCCUUAUCGGCCUCAACACUUUCUCACUGGCAUGCUCUGCCACCGGGCUUGGCUAUCCAGGUGCAAUCAAGGGAUAUGGUGGUCCGAUCCUCUACCUCAUUCUGCAGGCCAUCCUGCUGUUCUGCAUCCUUCUCUACCAUGACAGCGGGAACAAGCUACCGUCGUCCCUCAAGGGUAACAGGAGCCCCAAGGCCGGAGUCGAGCCUGUACAGGAAGAUCCAGAGGUUGCUAACGAGCUUUUACGGGUCGAGUCAUCUACCAACAGCGAUGGACUCCAGGUCAAGCAUCUGACAAAGAAGUUUGGCAGCUUCACAGCGGUAGACAACGUUUCCUUCGGCGUGCGCCACGGAGAAGUCUUCGCACUCCUGGGGCCCAACGGUGCCGGAAAGUCAACAACCAUCUCGCUCAUCCGUGGUGACCUUCAGCCUAGCCGUAACGGCGGCGACGUUUUUGUCGAGCAAGUUUCGGUCACCGACCAGAGAGUUCUUGCCCGCUCAAACCUGGGUGUCUGUCCACAGUUCGACGCAGUCGAGUCCAUGACUGUCCUACAACAUCUCCGCCACUACGCCAGACUCCGUGGAAUCUCCAAUAUUGAACAGCAAGUUCGAGCCGUCGUGCAUGCCGUUGGCCUUGAUGCCCAUGUCAAUGUCAUGGCGCAGCACCUAUCAGGUGGUAACAAGCGCAAACUCUCCCUUGGCAUCGCCCUUACAGGAAACCCAUCAGUAAUCCUGCUCGACGAGCCAUCUUCAGGCCUCGAUGCUGCUGCAAAGCGUGUCAUGUGGCGAACGCUCAGUACAAUUGUUCCAGGCCGGUCAAUCCUCCUGACAACCCAUAGCAUGGAGGAGGCCGACGCGCUUGCGCAUCGGGCUGGUAUUAUUGCCCAGCGCAUGUUGGCCGUUGGUGAAGUUCAACAGCUGCAGAGCCGUUUUGGAGAUUCUCUGUACGUGCACCUGGUCAGCCGUAGUGCUCCACACGCGACGCCGGAAGAGAUGGAUCGCAUGCGGACGUGGGUUUUGCAAAUGUUCUCUUCCGCUCGCAUUGAGCCUGAGACGUAUCACGGUCAGAUGCGGUUUUCAGUCGCGGCGUCGGAUGUGCUACAAAGAGCACGCCAGAGCCAUCAAGAAAGAAGCACAACUCAGGGUAGAGAGAGCCGAGAGUUGAGUGCGAUUGGGCAACUCAUCGUAAUGUUGGAGGAGAACAAGGAUGCUCUGGGCAUCGAGCAUCACAACGUCAGUCCAACCACUCUCAACGAUGUAUUCCUUUCCAUCGUCGGGCAACACAAUGUGCAAGAGGAUGGUUACCGAGCAAUAGCGGCUGAGAGUGGAAGGAAGAAGAUCAAUUGGCGGAAGAUUCUCCUUGGGUUCUGA